AUGCAUGAUCACAUAUUGUCUAAUGGCUCAGAUGCUCAUUUUGGUCCGGCAUAUUCUGGCUUGUCUAGAAACUUUGACUUUACUCUCUUGUUCGAGGAUACAAUUCUCAGCAUCGCGCCUGCUACUAUCUUCCUAAUAGCGGCUGGCACAAGGACCAUAUGGCUGAAUAGAAAGCCUAACAAGGUCUCGCCAUCCUUCAGUCGUCUGAUGAAACUGGUCUUGUUAUCAGCGUUUGUCACGAAUCAAUUGACCGUCCUGUUGGCUCGAUCGACAAACUUACAAGUCGCCACGAAAGCCUCAAUCGCUGCUGCAGCACUUGAUUUUUCAGCCGCCUGCCUUCUCUUCGUGCUCUCGUUAUAUGAACACUCUCGCUCGGUUACUCCAUCUACCAUCAUCGGGCUAUAUCUUCUGAUAUCCCUUUCCUUCGAUGCCGUUCGAUUACGGACCUUUUUCCUUCUUCGCAGCAAUAUCGCUCAGGCUCAGGGUAUAGCCAACUUGUUGUCUCUUUCGCUUAUCAUCAAAUUCCUGGUCCUUGUCACAGUGGCCGUCGAGAAGCGAAGCAUCCUCUUGGAGCCAUAUCGGGAUCUUCCCCCGGAGACCACGAGCGGCAUAUAUAAUCGGACCGUCUUCUGGUGGCUCAAUCCACUGUUCAGGGUAGGCUUUGGGAAAACUCUGCAAAUUGGUGACCUCUAUGACCUAGACGAGACACUCUCAUCAGCCAAUGUCCAGGCUAUCUUUAGCCGCAGAUGGCUAGCCGCAAAUGAGCCUGGACAUUUCAGCCUGUUAUUUACCAUUGCCAGAACCCUCAAAUGGCAACUCUUGAUAUCUGCUCUCCCAAGGCUCUGCCUGAGUGCAGUAAUGUUUGCACAACCUUUCUUGAUCCAAGACACCAUCAACUUCGUCAGAAACAGCCAUACUCAAACUGCCUCAGUUGGAUGGGGGCUUGCAGGGGCAUACUUUCUCAUUUAUCUUGCCCAGGCAUGGUGUAAGGCCGCGUAUGGACACUUGCUCAACCGGUGCGUUGUUCAAGUACGUGGUGGCCUCACCUCUCUCCUGUACCAGAAGACUCUCGACUUGAGCAUAGCCGUCAUUGAUCCGUCCGCAUCCCUGACCUUGAUGUCCUCCGACAUUGAGAGAAUUGUUGGCCCUCUACAAUAUCUGCACGAUGCUUGGGGUGGUCUUGUCGACCUUGCAUUGGGCAUGUAUCUGCUCUAUCGAAAUCUCGGGAGUGCCUGCUAUGCUCCGGCACUGGUUUAUUUAGUCCUUGCCCUGGGCACCACGUGGGUCACGAAAACUAUCUCAUCGUUUCAGAGAAGGUGGCUUGCUGCUAUCGAAGUUCGGGUUUCUUUCACCUCGGCACUGCUCUCCUCGAUCCGGAACGUCAAACUUCUGGGCUUGUCAGAUGUCAUCAAAACUCGGACUCAGGGCCUACGUGAGAGAGAAAUUAGAGAGUGCAAGCAAUUUCGACUCAUCAACAACAUUCAGAUCGUCAUCCAGAACGGCCCAUCUGUCUUUGCACCCUUUGCUACCUUCCUCUUAUACUACCUCCGAGCAAAGGCGUCUGGGCAACAAUUGGACCUGGCAGUUGCCUUCAGUGUCCUCACCAUCUUACGUCUUGUGCAAGGUCCUUUGACGUUACUCUACUUCGUGAUACCGAAGCUGUCGUCCUCGCUCUCCUGUAUUGACAGAAUUCAGCAGUACCUACUUUCUGCCUCUCGCUACGACCAUCGACUUUUUGUUGAUCAGCUCACCAAACCUAUCGAUGCCCAACAUGCCGGGCGCUCAGGUCGGGAAUCCAUCGAAAUGCGGUCACUCCAGACCCGUGCCGGUCAAAUAUCCGCCGAAGCGUUAGUAUUGAAGAACUGUUCCUUCGGAUGA